AUGGCGAAGGCAACUUCAAGCAAGAAAGCUGGCUCCAGCGCCAGCUCAGGCUCUGCGACCAAAUCGCCAUUGGAACAGGUGCAGGCACUCCAGGCUGCCCUCCUAUCGUCUUCCGACCUCAAUCCGCUCUCCGACCUUCUGACGAUCUCGAAGAAACUUGCCAAGGUUGGAGACGAUAGCACGUCCAAGGAGAGGAAGGAAGCUGCUGCGGCACUUCAUCGAGCAUCUCUUGUGUUGGUCAGGGCUAUGAAGUCACUCAGUGGCGAGGACAGAAUACCUUUCGACAAGGACGUCGAUCAGGAUGGCUACAUUCUCUCCUAUGGCGCAAAAGCCGGCAACAAGGUCGCUACCACGGCCUCUGCUCAAGCGAAGGAAGCACAAGCAAAGGUGGAAGACUGGAUCAGGAUGCGUUGGAACGAGACGAUAGAGCUUCUUUGCGGUCUCCUCGGGCACAGUGUCGAGGGCCUUCGUCUUGAAGCGCUGCAGAUGCUGGUAGAGCUUCAGACAUCUGCAUCGUCCUCACUGACACGCAUCACGAACGCUGCAUCAGCUGCAAAGGCCCAGACCAAACCAGCUUCGGGUAGCAAGAAGGACGCUCCCGAACCCGUGCAAAGCCCAGCAGCCUUGUGGUCCGCAUCGCCUUGGCGCGCGUUGUCGCUCGCUCUGAUUGCCGGUCCUCCGAGCCUCGCAAACCUCGGGCAUGGAGAUGCAGGAACUCGAUAUCAAGUUGUUCGUGUCGAAGCAGGAGUCUCCGAAGAUGUACGAACCAAAUUCGUGCAGAGCGGAUUGCAGGAGUACGACGACGUUCGAUUCGCCACUUUGCGCGAGAUCAGCCAUGCGCUGCGCAAGCCAUCUGCGAGCAUCAUCGGCAAUCAGCUUCUGCGAGCGCAUACGCUGACGCUGCUGAUCCAGCUCACUGCUAUCCCGCUAAGCUCGGACGAUCUCAACAACUUUCUGGUCGACGAGCUCUCCAUCCCUCCGCCGGGAGCCGCGGGAAAGAAGAAAAAGAAGACAAAGGGAGCAGGCAGCAGUGCAAAUGGCAAGAACCUCUCGGUCGUCGACGAUGGAGACUCGGAGGCAGAGGAGGAGCAAGAGGAUGACAUGGCAGGCUGGUUCUCGGAUUCCGACGACGAAGGCGGAGCUCGAGCAGGUGCUACAGCCGGCGAGCAACGGCGUGCAGCAGACAAGAAGUCCUUCGGUGGACUCGGUUCUGCCGCUCGCUCUGCUGCUGCGAGCAAGCGCAAGCAAAAGACGUUCCAUCAAGCCAUGCACAGCAUCAACGCUCAACGUAGCGCAUUCUCGACUGCAUGGCUCGACCUUCUCCUGCCACGCCGUAAAACCGCCGACUCUGCCACCGCUGCCGGUGUCCUUCCCAACUCGAUCAUCGGUGGCAUGCUGAGUCUAGCAGCAACGCACGAAGUUCUCGUUCGACUCCACGCGCAGAUCCUUCCACACCUCACCAAACCUACCAUGCUACACGAUUUCCUCGUUUCGUGCCUCGACUCGCGCGGCGCCACCGCCCUGCUUGCGCUCAACGCCAUCUUCACGCUGGUGACAAAGUACAACCUCGACUAUCCGCACUUUUACACUCGACUCUACUCGAUGCUCGAUGCGUCGGUGCUGCACAUGAAGUAUCGUGCGCGAUUCCUGCAUAUGCUCGAGACGUUCUUGUCGUCGACGCAUUUGUCGUCGGCGCUCGUAGCGAGCUUCGUGAAGCGGCUUUCACGCCUCAGUCUGCGCGCCCCGCCGGCAGCGAUCGCGUCUGUCGUUCCCUUUGUCUACAACCUGCUCAAGAAGCACCCUCGAUGCCUUUCGAUGGUGCACAAGGAAUGGGAUGGCGAUCGACUCAACAUUGGACCGGCUGGCGUUUCGGAUCCUUUCGAUCCCCUCGGAACGGAUCCACUCAACACGCAAGCGCUCGAGAGCUCCCUGUGGGAGCUGGCAUCCUUCGGCGCAGCAGCAGUAGCCAAAGGAAACAGCGGAGGUCCUGCCAUGGGUGCCGACGAGGAAAGCGUCCUGCCCGGAGAGGCACAUUACCUGGGAUCGGUCACCAGCCUCGCCCGAAUUUUGGCCGAACCAUUCACGAGAGAACGAUACAGUCUCGAUGAUUUCCUCGACAUCACCUACGGAACGCUGUUCGAGACCGAGACUCGCAAGACGCUCAACAGGCCCAAAGACGGUGUCGGUAAGAAGCGUAUCCCCGCGCUCGCCUACAGCUUGCCAGGAGGCUUUGGUGCAGGUGGAUCGACCGACGUCACCGCUCACAACCGCGUCGACGUGUUCCCGAGCACCAGCGGGAGGUUGCGCGCGAAAGCCUCGCUAGCGGAAGCAGAGAAGCAGGAGCAAGAGGAAGUCGAAAGGGAACGUGCGGAACGAAAGCGUAAGUUGGGCCAAGACGACGACGAGGAGGAUGACGAGGAGAGGGAAGCAAGAGAGGCGAUCGAAGAGCUGAAGAGGGCCGAGAGGGCCAAGAAGAGGAAGGUGGAUCAGACGGGUACGCAUGACGUUUGUGCCAUGCUGUUCAGCUUUGCUUGA